AUGGUGCUGCUCAGGAAUAUUUGUGGCCUGAAUCCUCCAGCCACUGGCUGGGAUGCCCUUCCUUCGCCUACAGAUUUGUCUUGUGAGGCUGACAUCGCUCGCAUCAAAUUCUAUAGAAAUAAAGUGUGUGGUCAUUCCGCCCAAGCGUCUGUUGACGAUGCGACAUUUCACAAUUAUUGGAAGAAUAUCCGCUGUACGCUGGUAAGACUUGGUGGAGUAGCGUAUGAAGCAGCUAUUGAUGGGCUUAAGUAUUACUGCUUGGACCCUGAACUAGAAGAACACUACAAAAAGCUUCUAAAGAAGUGGAAGAUGGACGAAGAUAGCGUGAUGGACAAGCUGAUUGACGUUGAAGCCAAAGUAGAUAAAGUAUAG